GCCUGUGCCCGCGCCUGUGCCCACGCCGUGAUGGCCGGGUCGCCACUCCUGCCGUUCCUGCCGGUGCUGCCGGUGCUGCUGCUGCUGCUCCAAGUCCCCGCGGCGGCGCACGCGUCCCCGCUGGACACACUCCCCGAAGGGGCGGCCCCCUGCAAGGUUGGUGCCCUGUGCCCACAGGUGCCCCUUGAGAAGUCUGGUGCACCACCUGUCAACGUGAGCCUGUACUACGAGGCACUGUGCCCUGGCUGCCGGUACUUCCUGAUCCGAGAGCUGUUCCCCACGUGGCUGAUGGUUCUGGAGAUCCUCAAUGUCACACUGGUGCCCUAUGGGAACGCCAGGGAGCAGAAUAUCAGCGGCAGGUGGGAGUUCACGUGCCAGCACGGGGAGGAGGAGUGCAAGCUGAACAAGGUGGAGGCCUGCCUGUUGGACCAGCUGGAGAGUGACGCGGCCAUGCUAACCAUUGUCUGCUUAGAGGAAACGGACGAAAUGGAGAACAACCUAAAGCCAUGCCUGCAGAUCUAUGCCCCAAAUGUGACCCCAGACACCAUCAUGGAGUGCGCAAUGGGAGACCGGGGCACACAGCUCUUGCACAUGAAUGCCCAACUUACAGAUGCUUUGCAGCCACCCCACGAAUAUGUGCCUUGGGUCGUCGUCAAUGGGAAACCUUUGGGCGAUAAGAGCCAGCUCCUACCCCUUGUGUGCCAGUUGUACCAGGGUCAGAAGCCAGAUAUCUGCUCAUUCACGGCCAGCUCCCCCAGGGACGUCUGCCUCAAGUGAUGGCUGUUGUCCUUAGAGGGAACUGAUGGAGGAAGAAUGAGCUCCCACCUGCUCCCAUUUUUUGAUCCCCGACUCAGCAGCUAUGGCUCAUGAUCUAGAUUACUUACACAUUCCAUGAAGUUCAGACUCAACAUUUUGCCCAAAGGUCAAGAAUCUUGCCCUACUGAGAAUGGUGCUACAUUAAAACAAGUUUAAUAAACCUUUCUAGAUGCUGUGACAACAUCCCUCCAUUUCCCCCACCGCCUCUGCCUGUGACAAUUGCUAUUUUUCUGUUUUUUGAGUUUCACUUUUUUAGAUUCCACAAAUAAGUAAAACCACACAAUAUUUGUCCUUUUCUGACUGACUUAUUUCACUCAGCAUAAUGUCUUCCAGGUUCCUCCACGUUGUCACAAAUAGCAGGAUUUCCUUCUUUUUUUUUUUUUUUUAUGGUCAAAUAAUAUUUGUGUUGUCCCUUUUGUUCUCAAAGAAAGAACUUCUUUGGCGGGUCUAAUUAGAUUGGCCCUGAAAUUUACACAGGUGCAGCAGGCGUUCAGUUUGCUUUGCUGGGAGCUUCCAUUAAAAAAUCUCAGGUUGGACUUUGAAGGGCCUCUAUCAUUGGCUAACUAAAGGUGAGAAAGUCUACCAGGUUUUACCUGCCGUAUCUGCUUCUUGGCAUCUCCAAAACAUUACAAGGAUUUUGGUGGGCCAGGAUUGUCCUGUAAGACAGACUCUCCUAUCCAGGUAUGAACAAGUGUUCCUAAGAGGAUUUUAUAACAUCAGCUCUCAAAAGUGAAACUUGUUUUCUUGAAUGUGGUUGUUGAUAAAGUUUUUUUAACCAUGUUGGAGGAUUUUCACCAAGAUGCAGUAAAAUCUAAAGUCUAGAAUACUGGGCUGAGGUACCUGAGAGCAAUAGAAAGUGCUGAAGGAUAAUUUUCCCGCAAAAAAGGUACAAUGGCUCUUAUACAGACGUAAAAAUGAGCACAUGUUAAAAAAUUAUUGUUAACUCCUUAUUAAUGAGGAGAACUAGUCGGGUGUUAACACCAUUUUAAAGGAGAUCCAAAGAACAGACAAAUCGGGAAUACUAAAAUGUGCAAAGUAAGGUAAAAAUAACUAGGGGAGACUGUUUCUCCACCUGACAGAAUUCAUUUGCAUGUCAAUAGACAAAAAAUUAUUUUUUGCAUUACCAAUUAUAACUACCAAGUUUAUAAAAAGUUCCCAUAUAAUCCUGAAGAGUGACCUAUUAACAUAGGGCUCUUGUUUUUCUUUUCUUUUUUCUUUUGUAAAAUGCCAUAGAAUAAAUUGUUUAGUUUUUUACAGGCCGUAGUCUUUGU